CUGAGUUCCGUGUGCAGGGCGGCCACUGGAGGAGAGCAGGCUGCCGCUCUCGCAAGCUUUGGAGGCAGAGCCGCCGCGAUGUUCCGGAUCGAUGGUCUCGCGCCGAAGUUGGACCCGGAGGAGAUGAAGCGGAAGAUGCGUGAGGAUGUGGUCUCCUCCAUUCGGAACUUCCUCAUCUACGUGGCCCUGCUGCGAGUCACUCCAUAUAUCUUAAAGAAGCUAGAUAGCAUCUGAGGACGGGCAGUCAAGUGGAUGCAUGGCAUGAAGACCUGGUGACAGCUUCUCCUCCUGUCUGCAGCUGAACUGGCCCAGAAAGGUGUAAGGCUGAUUAAACGGACAUAUAAACUACUUGUUGAGAACAAGUAGGGCUUUGAGAACUGACCUCCAUAGCUGAAAUAUGAAAUUACUUGGGAAGUACAAAAAGCUGUCUUGUGUUCAUGGUGCCCUUAGACCCAUGAGCUCCACCCCCGUGAGUGUUGAUGGAGUAGUUAAUAAUGUCAGGCUCUAAGGGGAGUCAUUUCUGUUUACCACUUCUGUUCAAAGUGUUAUUUGUGAAGUCUGUUUGGAAGUCAGCAUACACCCAUCCACAAUGACAUUUAAGCACAGUCUAUAUUUUUAAUAAACAUUCUGAUGAAGAAAA